GCGGCUGGGGCUCGGUUUCCGGGUUUACAAUCUUUGUGCACACGGCACCAGUCUGGUGCAGAGCGCAUAAACCCAACGUGUUACUGUUUACCUCCCUGCAGUGUUUGUGUGUUUCAGAUCAGACACGCGUGGCCGGUUGAAGGAUUUUAUAUUUUUAUGGCUUGAUGUUUUUGUAAACUUACGCGGCGCUUCGGUCGCUAUCGCGAGGCCCGAGCCUGGGCCGCAGCCGGCCACCUGGCAGAUGCCGUCUGUCAGCAUCCUUCGGGAAAUCUAAAGAAAAAUCGCGGCUAGCAAGGCUGGCUAACCCGGCUAAAGUCACUGUUACAAACCGAAGAGAUGAUGUUGUUGCUGUUGCUCCUCGCCGCGAGUUUGUCCCGCGGCGACGGGACGGCCGGUUCGGACUGCGGCCCCGUCACCACGGAGACCAACAGCGCGGCGCGUUUGCUGUCGGCCGUGGUCGACCCGCAGAGAGCCGAGCAGAGCCAGAGGCAGCACCUGGAGGCCCUGUUCAACAGAUAUGGAGAAAACGGCACCAUCUCUCUGGCCGGUUUAAAGCGUCUGUUACAGAACGUGGGUCUGGAUCGCAUCAGGACUGUUACGGUGCAACAUCACGAAGAACCGGGCCACCACGAUCACCACCACCAUCAUCACCAUAACCACGAUCACCACGAUCACAGCCAUCACAACAACAACUCCCAGCACCAGAAACACGCUGAACCCUCUCAGCCCAGAAAGCUUCCAAAAACGUCUGAAGACGCCAAAGACCAGGACAGCCGCCACAGCCCGCACAGUAAGAGGACCACGGCGGCUCAGGGCGACGGCACCACGCCGGUGUACAGCGGCCAGCUGGUGGUUAAACCAGACGUAGCGCGUAAGGGACAAAACGGCAGCCCGGAACGACGAAGUCCUGCAGCGGAGGAGACUACUGCCGGGCUGACCGUCACUGACAGCCAGACAAUGGCAGCUGCAGUCACCCGGAGCGACCACGACCACGACCACGAUCAUGACCAUGAACACGAUCACGAUCACGGUCAUGGUCACAACCACAAGCGAAGCGUGGACAGUGCGGAGUGUCUGAACGCCUCCACCAUCCUGUCGUCACACGGGAUGUUUCAGGGAGUGGACGUCACCCUCGCUGACUUCAGUUUCCUCUGCCCCGCCCUCCUCAACCAGAUCGACGGCGGAGCGUGCAUCCUGCACGGAGGAGCUGCAGAUGACGGGGAGACGGACCAUAAACAUAGUCACGGCGACCACAACAACUCGGAGCACGGCCACAGGGAGAGCCCUGCUGGAGAAAGUGACAAAAACAUUGCAAUAGCGUGGGUGGGAGGGUUCGUCUCCAUCACGAUCAUCAGCCUGCUCUCCCUGCUCGGCGUCAUCCUCAUCCCGCUCAUGAACAGAGUUUUCUUCAAGUUCCUCCUCAGCUUCUUGGUUGCGCUGGCCGUCGGCACGCUGAGCGGCGACGCCUUCCUUCAUCUCAUCCCCCACUCUCAGGGAGGCCACCAUCACCACCACAAGGAUGAAACGGGGCUGGGCGUGGAGGGACAUCACCUCCACGAUGAGCAGGAGGAAAACCUGGACGGCGUGUGGAAGGGUCUGACGGCUCUGAGCGGAGUCUACAUCAUGUUCCUCAUCGAACACUUCCUCACACUGGGAAAAAUGUACAAGGACAAGAAACAAAAGAUCCAGAAGCAGUGGGAUCAGAACGACAAAGCAGAUCCAGAGAAGCAACCAGCUCUGGAAGAGAGCGACCUGAAGCCAUCUGAAGAUGUGGAGACUAAUGGCGCGGGUAUUUUCGGCGACCACUCCGUCAACCUGCACGGCGGCAGUGUGGCCGAGGAGGAGCAGGUGAUGCUGGCGCCGCAGUUGUCCGCCACCGCCUCGCCGCAGGGGUCUGCCGCCUAUACCGCCGAGGACUGCGAGAACAAGUGCCACUCCCACUUCCACGACACGGUGGGCCAGACGGACAGCAUGCACCACCAUCACCACGACUACCACCACAUCCUGCACCACCACCACUCCCAGAACCACCACCCUCACAGCCACUCCCACUCCUACUCGGAGGAGCACUUCCAGCAGGCCGGCGUGGCCACGCUCGCCUGGAUGGUCAUCAUGGGGGACGGACUGCACAACUUCAGCGACGGCCUGGCCAUCGGCGCUGCCUUCACCGAGGGGCUGUCCAGCGGCCUCAGUACGUCUGUGGCGGUUUUCUGUCACGAGCUGCCGCACGAGUUGGGUGACUUUGCGGUGCUCCUGAAGGCCGGUAUGACGGUGCGUCAGGCCAUCCUCUACAACGUGCUGUCGGCCAUGAUGGCGUACCUGGGAGUGGUGAUCGGCAUCGUGAUCGGACACUACGCGGAGAACAUCUGCAUGUGGAUAUUCGCCCUCACAGCCGGACUCUUCAUGUACGUGGCUCUGGUGGACAUGGUGCCGGAGAUGUUGCAUAACGACGCCGGGGACCACGGCUUCAGCCACUGCGGCUUCUUCCUGCUGCAGAACGCCGGCAUCCUGCUGGGCUUCUGCAUCAUGCUGCUAAUCGCCAUUUUCGAGCACAAAAUCCAGCUGGACCUGGGCUACUGAGGGACGAGCGUUUGAUCCUGAGCUACGUGCUCGUUUCAGUGUCUCCAUCACAAGUGUAUUGUGUAUUUUUUAUUUGUUGUUGUUGUUGUGGACUGUCCAGUCGCCUUGAUUUAGUUUGUACUGUCCACACGGUGUAGGAAGACGUAGAAACGCAGACAUCGAAUGUUGUUGUAGCUGACGGAAGCAGAAGUUAACAAGUUGCAGAGGCUCGGACGUUUGCCUCAAACUCAUUGUAAAAAAUAACUGAAGUUGUUUUUUUCUUUCUUAGACUGCGGUUAAAAAUGUGCAGCAAUUUCUCCUUUUUUCAACAAACUCUUGAAGUCGGAGAAGGGAAAAAGAAAUAAAAGUCCCCCGUCCAAAUUGCUCUUUCCACAAAAACGCUCAUUUGAUAAAUAUUUCACUUUUUAGCAGUUCCUAUUAACAAUCAACUCAAAAAGACUCGGCUCAUGUGGAUAUCUGUCCCUUAAAACUUUUUUUGCCAUCAUAUUUGAUUCAAUUCUUUACCCAAUUUUGUCUGUUUUUUUUGGUGUGUUGGAAGUGUUUCUGCUGCUGAGUCAAACCACAUCAGUAUUUCAAAUGGACGCCAUUAUGGUCGUGAUGCGUUCGUCAUUUCCGGUUUUAAUUUAUUGGGCGACAAUACAGAUUAGCACCGCCUGCUGUCAUGGAUACGUAAUUAAAACGUCGCUCCGGUGUGUUCUGAGGCACUUUUUGGACCUCGGGGAGACUGAUCAGUCCGACUGACUUUUCUGCCGACGGUCGACCGUCGGGUUGGUGUGUCAGGACCUUUAGUCUGACUCCAAACACAGAGCAAACACCUGCAGACGUCUUGAUUCUGUUAGUUAAUAAAGUGGCGGCAAGGAUCCGUUUUCAUGUCUUUAAACGAGUGCAAAGCUAUAAAUGUCUCCUAGGAGAGAGCCCAUACUUUAACGAUAUCGCGUUCAAACGCUGCCCUCCGACAUAACCCUAAACCUGACCUCGGGAACAUCCCUGGGCUUUUGCGUGUUUUUUUUAUAUGAAGAGAUGAGAAACCGAAGGCAAAUGAUGGCAACGAAAAGGGGAAACUCAGCAGGUAGACUCGUCUGCUUUAGUGUACUUUUUUAAAGUUUCUUUUUAACUUAUGUUUUCAUUUUAUUGUUAAAGUUGAAGAGGGGAUGUGGCAGCUCAACACUGAUCGUGUUCAGAGAAACUAGUACUUGGAAAGUUGUUACAGUAUUACUCCUGCUCAGUUUGAAUAUUGACUUUGAUAAAAGUAAGCAGAAAGAACUACUAUGUCCCUCAUCAAGCUCAGUUUGUACUUUUUUUAUUACUUCUUUGUUUAUAAAAAGGAGACUGCUCUGAUGUUUAGGUUAAAAAACAUUUUUACCCUCACAGGUCGGGGAAGAAGUAAUUCUCUGGCCUUUAGAAAAAAAAAACGUUUAUUUGCUCAAAUUAUGAAACGCAAGUUCAGUCCAGACACGGACCUCACUGUGAAUAUUACAUGUACAAUACAACCCUAUGUACAAUAUUAUGCUAUAUGUAUAUAUUUAUGUACUAUACUGUAUGAGUACCUGUUUAAUUUGUUUCAGUUGUGGACUUUGUGCUUUUACUGUGUUUGUAAAGGAUGCGAGUCGCAACACAAACCAACAUAAUCUCAUUCACAGAAAAUGUUUUUCUGUUCUUUAAUGUUUUUUGUCUUGAACAAAAUGUUUUGAAAUGAAUCCGUUAAUGAAGGAAACUACAGCACGGACUCACUGUGCUCUUUGACAUUCCUGAACACAAUAAACUGUCACCUUCCCACCACA